UCUCAGUCUCACUCUCACUCUCUCAAAACACAACUUAUAUAGCGCCAAUUCGAAUUAUACUACCCGAGUAUAAUCAGAAGAGAGAGAGAGAGAGAGAGAGGGAGAGAGGGGGGGUUGGCCAUGGAAGGUUUGAAUCUGCCAUGCUGUCUUCACAACAGCUAUGGAGGGAAAUCUAUUGUCCCACUUCAUACUUCAACCUUAUUAUCGAGAUUUCAGCCAAAAUGCAGCCCUCCACUUUCCACUGGUUGCAGGGAUUGUUCAGGCCUCAUUAUACAGACAUUAGCCCAAAUUUAUCCUAGAAGAUUGCCCUCUAAAAACUUUUAUAUGAGGGGAGCACGAGAAGUGCGAUUCAACAUAAGAAGUACAUCAGCAUCAAUACAACCUAUGACUAAAGAAUUGUUGGAGGAUAAGUCCAAUGAUCUUCCUACAAGUGGGGAUUCCAUACGCAGGCGAUUUCUUGAUUUUUAUGCUUCGCGAGGUCACAAGAUCCUUCCAAGUGCUUCUCUUGUGCCAGAUGAUCCAACUGUUCUAUUGACAAUUGCAGGAAUGCUUCAGUUCAAACCUAUAUUCCUUGGAAAGGCGCCCAGAGAAGUACCCCGUGCUGCAACUUCCCAAAGGUGCAUCCGGACAAACGAUGUUGAGAAUGUGGGCCGAACAACUCGGCAUCAUACAUUCUUUGAGAUGCUCGGAAACUUCAGUUUUGGAGAUUACUUUAAGAAGGAGGCAAUUAAAUGGGCAUGGGAUCUUACAACUUUGGAAUUUGGAUUGCCAGCUGAUAGAGUAUGGAUUAGUGUUUAUGAAGAUGAUGACGAAGCUUUUGCAAUAUGGCAUGAGGAGGUAGGUGUUCCUUUAGAGCGUAUAAAGAGGAUGGGUGAAGAUGACAACUUCUGGACCAGUGGAAUAACUGGUCCAUGCGGUCCAUGCUCUGAGCUUUAUUACGAUUUCCAUCCCGAGAGGGGAACUUCAAAUACUGAUCUAGGUGAUGAUACUAGGUUUAUUGAGUUCUACAAUCUUGUUUUCAUGCAAUACAACAAAAAGGAUGAUGGUUCACUUGAACCACUAAAACAAAAGAAUAUAGAUACUGGGCUUGGCUUGGAGCGUAUGGCUCGCAUCCUCCAGAAGGUUCCAAACAAUUAUGAGACUGACUUAAUUUAUCCUAUUAUAGAGAAGGCCUCAGAAUUGGCAAAUGUUUCAUAUGCUCUUGCAGACGAUCCUAUAAAAAUGAACCUUAAAAUAAUUGGAGAUCAUUUGCGUGCAAUUGUUUAUCUCCUAUCAGAUGGUGUUGUCCCUUCAAAUAUAGGGAGAGGUUAUGUAGUUCGACGGCUCAUCAGAAGGGCUGUUCGUACUGGAAGAUUACUUGGUAUAAAAGGGGAUGGUAGGGGAAACAUUGAAGGAGCAUUUUUACCUACUAUUGCAGAAAAAGUGAUUGACUUGAGCUCCCGUAUAGAUUCAGAUGUAAAGACAAGAGCAACCCGCAUUCUUGAGGAAUUGAAAAGGGAAGAACUACGUUUUGUACAGACAUUGGAGAGAGGAGAAAAGCUUCUUGACCAAAUGCUAGCAAAUGCAUUGUUAAGUGCUCGGGAAAAUAAAAUUGCACCUUGUUUGGCAGGAAAAGAUGCCUUUCUUCUGUAUGACACAUAUGGUUUUCCUGUGGAGAUUACAAAGGAAGUAGCUGAUGAAUGUGGUGUCAGCAUAGAUAUGAAAGGUUUUGAUAUCGAAAUGGAGAACCAAAGACGUCAAUCUCAGGCUGCACAUAAUGCCGUUAAACUUGCAGUUGUAAAUGGUGCAGAUCUAACUAAAAGUAUUCGUGACACUGAAUUUCUAGGUUAUGACACCCUUUCUGCCAGAGCAGUAAUUGAGGGUCUCUUGGUGAAUGGGAACCCAGUAAUGCAGGUUUCCGAAGGAAGUGAAGUAGAAGUUUUGCUGAACAGAACUCCAUUUUAUGCUGAGUCAGGAGGUCAAAUUGGAGACCAUGGAUUUCUAUUUGCUAUGGAAUCUGGAAAGGAACAGAAAGUUAUUGUAGAGGUAAAAGAUGUUAAAAAAUCCCUAGGCAAUGUAUUUGUUCAUAAAGGUACCAUCGUGGAGGGAAUUAUGGAGAUCGGCCAAGAAGUGGAAGCUGCAGUAGAUGCAAACCUUAGGCAGAGAGCUAAGGUCCAUCAUACUGCUACUCAUUUAUUACAAGCUGCACUUAAAAAAGUAAUAGGCCAGGAAACAUCACAAGCUGGUUCAUUGGUGGCUUUUGACCGUCUCAGAUUUGAUUUCAAUUUCCACCGACCUCUUGUAGACAAUGAGCUCAUGGAGAUUGAAGGACUGAUUAAUAGAUGGAUUGGGAAUGCUACACUUCUGCAAACUAAAGUGAUGCCUCUGGAUGAUGCAAAAAGAGCUGGGGCUAUUGCAAUGUUUGGGGAAAAAUAUGGAGAACAGGUACGUGUCGUUGAGGUUCCAGAUGUAUCCAUGGAACUAUGUGGGGGCACUCAUGUCAGCAAUACUUCUGAAAUCCGUGGCUUCAAAAUAAUCUCAGAACAGGGGAUUGCAUCUGGCAUAAGGCGUAUCGAAGCUGUUGCUGGUGAAGCUUUUAUUGAAUAUGUUAGUGCCAGAGAUAAUUACAUGAAACAGUUGUGCUCCACUCUCAAAGUGAAAGCUGAAGAAGUAACAACCAGGGUAGAAACUCUCUUGGAGGAAUUACGAACCACGAAAAAUGAAGUUUCAGCUGCGCAGGCGAAAGCAGCAGUCUACAAAGCGUCAGUCAUAGCAAGCAAUGUAUCCAGUGUAGGAACUUCAAAAAGUAUCAGGGUGCUAGUUGAGUGCAUGGAUGACAUAGAUGCUGAUUCACUAAAGAGUGCAGCUGAAUAUCUGGUGGAUACAUUACAAGACCCAGCAGCUGUGGUUUUGGGCUCAUGCCCAGGUGAAGGAAAGGUAAGCUUAAUUGCUGCAUUCAGUCCUGGGGUGGUUGAUCUAGGAAUUCAAGCGGGAAAGUUCAUAGGGCCUAUAGCUAAGUUGUGUGGCGGAGGAGGAGGUGGAAGGCCUAAUUUUGCUCAGGCAGGAGGACGGAAACCUGAGAAUUUGUUGAGCGCCCUUGAAAAGGCUCGAACAGAGCUUGUUUCCAUUCUUUCUGAAAAAGCAUGCUGAAAAUCCUUAUGCCGUGCCAUUAAGAAACUUCUACUUUAUGAGGUUAAGUUCAUAGGACAAUUUAUGCUCCUGGGAGUUUCAAAGUGAUUCCAUGUCCAUAAAAUGUUUAGGUAAGCACACUUCCUUUUUCUAGCACAUCAUAACCAUACACCAGAGGUUUCUUUUUCUUUUUAGUGGGGGAACAAAAGUGUAAAGUAUAUUUUAUAGGAUGGCUUUAUGCCUGUAUCUGUUAAAAAACAAAGUAAUUUUGGUAAGAGCAUGGUGUUGAGUGAGCCAUAGUGUACAUGUUAAACAAAAAGUUGGGGCCUAUAGAAUGAGGCUCUUUUGGUAAUUGUAUAUUGGUAAUAGUUCACGGAAUGAACUAGUGUUAGCUGGUCUGAAACUGUUACCUUACUUCAGUUUGUGAUCGUUUCAAAUUUUAACUGUGCUUCAGGUACAAAAUA